GCGAGACUUUUGUAUGACCUCUUUGAAUCGAGAACACGAACUGACCUCUUGAUUUUCAAAGCUGGGACAAGAUGACGAAGGGAACGUCCAGCUUUGGUAAGCGCCACAACAAGACGCACACAGAGUGUCGUCGUUGUGGGCGAAAGUAUCACAUCCAAAAGAAAACAUGUUCAUCCUGUGGAUAUCCCAGCAAAAGAAUUAGGCAUUAUAACUGGAGCAUCAAAGCCAAAAGGAGGAAGACUACAGGAACUGGACGUAUGCGUCACUUGAAAGUAGUCCAUAGACGAUUCAGAAAUGGAUUCCGUGAAGGCACAACUCCAAAACCUCGUCAACGAGGUGCAGCAGCUCCAGCAGCUUCUACAGCCGUUGCAAAGACAUAAAUCAAAAUAUUUGACAUUGUAAAUUCCAACUGUUAUUGUCUUUGUGCUGAUUUGAGAUAUAAAUAAAACAGGGGUUGCACAUA